UGCUAGCCUUUAAAAAAUUGUCUAGCUUCCGAGAGGCACCCAUGCACUCUGCAACUGGUGGAUGAUCUCUGACGCUGUGUUGUCCAUGGACACGCAUCGCAUUGAGGAAGGAAAGAACAGCUUGUUCCUGAAUCUUACGGCAACGAUACCAAACUACCAAACCCUAAGGUGAAAGCAACAUACUUCAACCGCAAAUAUACCAAGCUUUGCCUUCCUCUCCGAUCAUCACCUCGUCCGGAGCAGCGUCUUUCUUCUCCCCGCACGGCAAGUCUUGCAACCAGACGUUGUACAGUAUAAGUAGUUGCACGGCUCUCAUAACAUUUCCUUCCAGCCACGUACUUUUACGCCGGAAAACAAAGUUCUUGGCAGCAACCACGUGGAACAUAAGGAAAGCUCUACACUACAGAUCAAGCGUGACCGGCAUGGUGGACACGACGGAGGUGAAAGACGCGACGCCGGCGACGCCCAGUAGCCCGCAGAUGAAGCUGCUGGUGGACAAGCGGUCGCAGCGCGUGCUGUACGCGGAGGCGCGCAAGGACGCGGUGGACUUCCUCAUCGGCCUCCUGCGGGUGCCCGCGGGCCUCGCGGCGCGCGCCCUCGCCAAGCACGACGUGCCCGCCCCGGGCUCCCUGGGCAAGCUCUACGCGGGCGCGCGGUCCCUGGACGACGCGUUCUUCGUCGCCGCCUCCCCCAACCGCGACGCGCUCCUCAGCCCAGCGCUGCCAUCCGCCGCGCUCCAGCUGCUCGGCGAGGGCGUGCUCCCGCCUCCGCCGCCGCCGCCUCCGGCGACGCGGUACUUCCGGUGCGCCGGGUACUCGAUGCCGUGCCGCGGGAACCCGACGAACUUGACGGACGUGUCGGGCCUGCCGUGCCCGGCCUGCCGGCAGCCGAUGACCGUGGAGAUGCGGUGGACGCCCGGCGACGCGCACGGCAAGCUGGCGCUGGCGCAGGCGCAGGACGCGGCCGGGGAGCGCCCCGGCGGAUACGUGAAGGACGUGGUGACGUUCCUGGUCAUGGACGACCUCACCGUCGAACCCAUGUCCACCAUCUCCGCCAUCAUGCUGCUGAAGAAGUUCGACGUCAAGGACUGCUCCGCAUUAGAAGAGAUGACCGUCAACCUGGGCCCAAAAGAGGCCGUGAUGCUGUUGAAGGCGUCGCUGGAGUCGACGACGGCACUGACGGAUGUAUUCAGCAGCCGCAUCUCCAUUGACAGGGUUAAAGGUUGAGUGACCGGUCGUUGACAUUGUUGUGCACAUCAAGGAAGAAAGAUGAGGUAUCGCUCGUCGCCAUGGAAAGGGAUGGCAGGAAGCUGGUGGUGUGAUCAAUUAACUUGCUCGAGAGAACGGCAGCCAUCGAUACAAACUGUUAGAGUAUAUUUCUGAUAUCUUCAGAUAUAGUAGUUUACCAUUAAUUGUAAUCUCAGGAUAUCUAUCUUAUCUUAGGAGACGCGUCUUUAAACUUUAUAUUCUAUAUAUUUCACUUUCAAGACUCAAUACAAUGCAUCAACA